AUGGACCUUGUGCCGCCAAUUGGGGUGGGGCGAGUUGAAGAGCUUGGAACAUGGUUGAGAAGGGACUUUCAUGUCAGCGGCAACUGGUGGGAUUCAAGUUCUGUAGAUAUUGCUGCUGCUGGUCUUGGUUGGUGUGCCAUUGGACUCAAAGGAGAGGCUCGGUUAGGUGUUUGGACCUAUGAUGGAGUUGAUGUUAUUGUUCGCAAUGCAUUAAUCCCUCACAGAUCACACAAUUUUGAAGUUGCUGGGUUUACGGUCUCAAAAAUUGUCUCCAAAGCUGACCAAGCUUCAAAUAAGCACCGCAAGAAUGAAAAGAAGAGGAAGCAUAGUGACUUAACAACAGCUGCUCCUGCUGCAUCGUCAUUAUCUACAGUUGCUGCUGCUUAA